CCAAUCCAAUGUAUCUCUAAGGCUAUAAAGUAACGUUAAAAUAUAUUCACGAACUAACCAACGAAGAGAGAUGGCGGCUGGUUCUUCGAGUUAUGGGAUUGAACAACUUCGAGAAGGAUGUUACUAUGAGUGGAUGGGUUUACAAGCUAAACACAUCGUUGAUCUCAAAGAAGCACUCAUAAAUCAUCACCGAGCAAGCGACGAUGAUCACAAACUCGGAGAGCUCGUUGGUCAAAUCCUCAAUGACUUCAAAAAGUACGCCGAGAAACGAUCGGAGCUCUCUCACCGAAGCUGCUCAAGCUACCUUUCACCGUCGUGGAACUCUUCUCUAGAGAAUGGUUUGCUAUGGAUGGGAGGAUGUCGCCCUUCGUCCUUCAUCAGAGUUAUUUACGCUCUAUGUGGAUCACAGGCCGAGACGCAGCUUUCCCAAUAUCUUCUCAAGAUCGAUGAAAGCGUCGAAGUAAACCAUAGUGGUUUCAUGAGUGAUUUUACCGCGACACAGCUUGCAAAAAUCAAUGAGUUGCAUAUGAAGGUCAUAGAGAAAGAAGACAAGAUAACAAAGAAAUCGGAGAAUUUGCAAGAGAAUGUUGCGGAUAUGCCUAUCGCCAUCGCAGCUUACACCAUGGAUUUGGUUGAUGGCAACGUGGUGGUGAAGGAUGCUUUAGAUAAACACGAGGAGGACAUGGCGGCUUUAGUGACGGAAGCUGAUAAGCUGAGGUUUGAGACGCUUAGGAAGAUCGUGGAGGUUGUUACACCGGUUCAAGCGGCGGAGUUUUUGCUCGCCGGGAAAAGACUACACGUGUCGUUGCACGAGUGGGGAAGAGUAAGAGAAGAGGGACGUUUUGGGUGUGCACGUGCUGAGGAUGCUACCGCCGCAGGAGGUGGAACCGGGAAGUCAAAGAGAUCAGCCACUUGUUAAUGUGAGCGUGCAUGAGUUUAAGUUGAAUGUAUAAUCUUGUGUAAUAUUUGUCCAAGUAGAGAUAAGAAAAAAAAAAAAAAAAGAGAUAAGAACAUGUUAAGUGUCUUGUAAUAUGCGGCGCAGUUAGGAGAUGAUGCAAGCAUAAGCUUUUGCUUUUGUUUUAUAGCACAAUGAAUAACAAAAGCUGCAAAAUAUCAAGAGACGUUCUUUUUUUUUUGUAUGAAUACAAAGUAAAUUGUUAUGGGUUCACUA